AUGUCAUCAAAACGGAAGAGUUCACCAGGAGAAAGCAGCAAAAAACAAAGGAAAGCUAUUGAUCUUGACAUGAAAGUGAAGAUCAUAAAUGACUAUGAAGCUGGUAAAAAAGUUAAUGCAAUAGCACAGGACGUGAAUCUGGCACAUUCAACCAUUUCAACCAUCUUGAAGGACAAAGACAAAGUGAAGGAGGCAGUGAAAACAUCAACAGGUUUUAAAGCCAUAAUAACUAGGCAGGGGAAAGGCCUCAUUCAUGACAUGGAAAAAUUAUUGGCGAUCUGGUUUGAUGACCGGAUACAAAAAAGAAUGCCAAUGAGUCUUUCAAUAAUUCAAGCCAAGGCACUCAGUAUCUUCAAGACUUUGAAGGCAUGUGAAGGUGAAGAAUCGACAAACUUUUACAGCAAGUCAUGGAUGGUUUCAGAGGUUUUGUCGCAGAUUUAA